AUGGCAGAUGAGGUUAAGAUAAAUUUUAAAGAAGCAUGUAAAAUGUUUAAAGAAAAUAAGUAUACAGAUGUGAUUAAGAAAUGUAAGAAGAUAUUAAAGAAAGAUAAAAAAAAUUAUGCUACACUUAUAUUAUUGGCUGCUGCAAUGAAAGAAAUUGAAGAAUAUAAAUCAGAAGUACCAUUAAUUCUUCAAAGCGCUAUAAACAUUCAAAAAGAUAAUCCAUUAGCUUGGAAAGGUUUGAUAACUUACUAUGAACAAAAUUUGGAUAAUGAUUGUUAUGACAAAUUAUUAUUAGCUUACUGCAAAAUUUUACAAAUAGACAGUGAAUAUAAAUUUACACAUAUUUUGAAUAAACUUCUAGACCUUUCUUUACAACUUAAGGAUAUCAGUGUCUUAACUGAAUGCAUUGAACAUUUAAGUGAAUUACGAAAAGUGUCAGAUAGUGAUAAAGUUAAAUUAGUCGAUAAAACACUUGGAUGGAUAUUAUUAGACAAUUUUAGUAAUUUGGGUAAAUAUCAAGAUUUAUUGGAAAGUGUUUUUAAAUCUGUAAUUAAUGAGUUUGAUACAGUUGAUCAACAAAAGUUUUAUAGAAAAUAUUUGAAAAUAUUAUAUGAUAAUGGUGAUUUAGUCAUUUUAAUAAAGGAAGCUAUAAAUAUGCAUCAGAAAUUUCCACAGCAUAUAUUACCAUUGGAAUAUAUAUGUCGUAUUUACUAUGAACAGAACAUGUUGAGUGAAGAUAUUGAUAUUGAUAUAACACAAUUUUAUGAAUCUCUCUUUAAGUUGAAUGCAAACUCUGAAAUUGCUGCAGUUGCUAAAGCAAUGUACUUAAGGAAGUCAGACAAUUUGAUUGCAGCACGAAAAAUAUUAAAAGAUACACUUCAAUUAAAACCGUUCUUUUUAUAUGGCUGGAUGUUGUUGAGCGAAAUAAGUAUGAGACUUCACUGUUGGGAAGAUGCAGAAAGUGCUGCUAAAAAAGCAUUGGAAAUUGAGAAACAUGAAAUAAAAGAUGGAUUGUUACAUAAAGUAAAAUUAAUAUUAAUUGAAUCAUUGAGUCGGAGUGAUAACAGACAAAAAUGGGAAACUGCAUUCCAAAUGUGUGAACACCACUUGGAGAUGCAGCCUUCCACGCAACUAGAGGUACUACAUGCGCGCCUUAGCGUAUUGUUAGAUAAACCAAAUAUAUACAUUACGCUAGACAAUUUGGAAUUAAAACCAGAAACCAAAAUUCAAGCUAACAUUCUGAGAGCGUUAUACUUAAAACAAAAUAAACAAUUUAACGAAGCUUUAAAUGCUCUUGAUGCAUCUUUAGAAACAUCUGAAGCAUGGUUACUUCUUGGUAUAAUUUAUUGGGAAAUGACUGAAUAUAAUUAUAGUUUAAUGGCUUUUCUGAAUGGAGUAAAAAUCGAUCGUCAUAAUUGGAAGUGUCUAGUUUAUUUGGGACAUUAUUAUCGCGAAUAUGGUAAUGAUGUAGAACGUUCCAGAAGGUGUUAUCAAACUGCACUACAAAUUAAUCCAAACUCUGAAGAAGCUGGUGUUGGCUUGAGUACUGCAUAUAGACUUCUAAAAAAUCAAGAUGCGAAUAUAGAAUUAUUGCAAUCAUUAACUAUACAAGACAGUGGUCCUAAGUGGGCAUGGUUACAACUCGGUUUGCAAUAUCUGGACCAAGGAGAUGGCAUGCAGGCUAUCAAGGCUUUUCAACAUGUUAUUAGAGCUGAUCCGAAUGACAAGUAA